AUGCUUUUGAAUUUAUAUGAAACUAAAUUAAAUAUGUUGGAUAAUCCGAAGAAAAAAUCCAAAAUGUGGAUAUCUAUGUCUGAGGAAUUAAAAGCAUUUCAUAUAGAGGUUACACCAGAUCAGGUGAGAUGGAAAAUAAAUGCCCUUACAAAAAAAUAUAAAGACUGUCUAGACAGUGGCCAGGGAGCAGUGGCUUUUAAGUAUUUCAAUGAAAUGCAUCAAAUCCUAGGAAGAUAUAAUGAAGACGGUGCAUACAGACUAGCAUCAGGUAUUAUGCAAGGUGACAAAGAACAUAACAGAUUAAAUAGAAAAUUAUCAUUUAAGAAUACCUCUCCCUAUAGAAAACUAAAAACAGAACAUAGGACCAAAGUAGAACUUGAUAAACAAUGGAUUGAAUAUUUACAAAGGCAAGAAGAACAAAGGCUAAUCAGAGAUGAGAGGUAUGAAAGGAGUCUUAGACUAAGAGAAGAAGAAUUAGAACUUAAGAAAAAAGAAUUGGAAAAUAAACAGACAAUAGCCUUAAAGAAGUUACAAUUAAAAGAAAAGAAACAUGAGGAAAUUCUGAAAGUAGAACAAGAAAAAUGUGCAUUGUUAAGAAAAUUGAUAGAAAACCAAUAA